GGAAUGAGCCUACUUAGAAUUACUCCUUCAAUUCGUAUUUCUGUUUCAUCUCAACUGUGGAGGCUUGGCAUCUUUCUACUACUUAGCCUUCCUGACUCAAAAGGAAAAGCCAUUUGGACAGCCCACCUGAAUAUAACGUUUCAGGUGGGCAAUCAGAGUAUAUCAGAAUUAGGAGAGAGUGGCGUGUUUGGGAAUCAUUCUCCUCUGGAAAGGGUGUCUGGUGUGGUGGUACUUCCCGAAGGAUGGAAUCAGAACGCUUGUAAUCCUAUGACCAAUUUCAGCAGGCCUGAGCGAGCAGACUCUUGGCUGGCCCUCAUUGAAGGAGGAGGCUGUACUUUCACACACAAAAUCAACGUGGCAGCAGAGAAGGGGGCAAAUGGGGUGAUCAUCUAUAACUAUCCAGGUACGGGCAACCAAGUAUUCCCCAUGUCUCACCAGGGAACGGAAAAUAUAGUCGCAGUGAUGAUAGGCAACCUGAAAGGCAUGGAACUUUUGCACUUGAUUCAGAAGGGAGUCUGUGUGACGAUCAUCAUUGAAGUGGGGAGAAUGCACAUGCCCUGGCUGAGCCAUUAUGUCAUAUCUCUGUUUACCUUUGCGGUUGCCACAGUGGCCUACCUGUUCCUGUACUGUGCCUGGAAACCUCGAGUGCCCAGUUCUUCCACCAGGAGGCGAAGACAGAGAAAGGCAGAUGUGAAGAAAGCUGUUGGACAGCUUCAACUGCAGGUGCUCAAAGAAGGGGAUAAGGAACUAGAUCCAGAUGAAAACAGUUGUGUUGUUUGCUUUGACAUAUACAAGCCUCAAGAUGUAGUACGUAUUUUAGCUUGCAAACAUUUUUUCCAUAAGGCAUGCGUCGACCCCUGGCUUUUAGCCCAUAGGACAUGCCCCAUGUGCAAGUGUCACAUUCUGAAAACUUAA